GGGCCGGGACUGCCCGCGGGGAGGACGCGCCGCCGCCGUCACCCAGCGCCGCCGCCGCCGCUUCCAGCCGGGCCGCCGCGCGUCCCGGGGGCCGGCCCCUCGAGCGCAGGAGUAAACACCGCCGGAGUAUUGGAGCCGCUGCAGAAGGGGAUAAAGAGAGAUGCAGGGAUUUGUGAGGUUACGGCGCCCCGGCUGCAAGAUGCACUAGCCGGCUGAACCCGGGCAUCGGCUGACUUGUUGGAACCGGAGUGGUCUGCACGGGAGAGUGGAUGAGUUGAAGUUGCUUUCCCGGGGCUCGUUUUCCACGCUGCCGGGAGGAAUCCGAGAGGCAAGGAAAUCACUUCGUCUUGCCAUUGAUUGGGUAUCGGGAGCUUUUUUCCCCCCUCUUUCUUUUCCUCCGUCUUGUUGCAUGCGAGGAAAUUACAGUCCGCUGCUCGCCCGCCCUGGGUGCAAGAUAUUCAGCCCCGCUCUCUCCCGUCCAUUGUGCAACCCAAAGAUGAAAGACCGAAGGGGAGAAAGUUAAAGAAAUCGCCCACAUGCGCUGGAUCAGUCCACGGCUUGGGGAAAGGCAUCCAGAGAAGGUGGGAGCGGAGAGUUUGAAGUCUUUACAGGCGGGAAGAUGGCGGACUGGAGCUGAAAGUGUUGAUUGGGAAACUUGGGUGAUUCUUGUGUUUAUUUACAAUCCUCUUGACCCAGGCAGGACACAUGCAGGCCAAAAAACGCUAUUUCAUCCUGCUCUCAGCUGGCUCUUGUCUCGCCCUUCUGUUUUAUUUCGGAGGCUUGCAGUUUAGGGCAUCGAGGAGCCACAGCCGGAGAGAAGAGCACAGCGGUCGGAAUGGCUUGCACCACCCGAGUCCGGAUCAUUUCUGGCCCCGCUUCCCGGACGCUUUGCGCCCCUUCGUUCCUUGGGAUCAAUUGGAAAACGAGGAUUCCAACGUGCACAUUUCCCCCCGGCAGAAGCGAGACGCCAAUUCGAGCAUCUACAAAGGCAAGAAGUGCCGCAUGGAGUCCUGCUUCGAUUUCACCCUUUGCAAGAAAAACGGCUUCAAAGUCUACGUAUACCCGCAGCAAAAAGGAGAGAAAAUCGCCGAAAGUUACCAAAACAUUCUAGCGGCCAUCGAAGGCUCCAGGUUCUACACCUCGGACCCCAGCCAGGCGUGCCUCUUUGUCCUGAGUCUGGAUACUUUAGACAGAGACCAGUUGUCACCUCAGUAUGUGCACAAUUUGAGAUCCAAAGUGCAGAGUCUCCACUUGUGGAACAAUGGUAGAAAUCAUUUAAUUUUUAAUUUAUAUUCUGGCACUUGGCCUGACUACACCGAGGACGUGGGGUUUGACAUCGGCCAGGCGAUGCUGGCCAAAGCCAGCAUCAGUACUGAAAACUUCCGACCCAACUUUGAUGUUUCUAUUCCCCUCUUUUCUAAGGAUCACCCCAGGACAGGAGGGGAGAGGGGGUUUUUGAAGUUUAACACCAUUCCUCCUCUCAGGAAGUACAUGUUGGUAUUCAAGGGGAAGAGGUACCUGACAGGGAUAGGGUCAGACACCAGGAAUGCCUUAUAUCAUGUCCACAACGGGGAGGACGUCGUGCUCCUCACCACCUGCAAGCAUGGCAAAGACUGGCAAAAGCACAAGGAUUCUCGCUGUGACAGAGACAACACCGAGUACGAGAAGUAUGAUUAUCGGGAAAUGCUGCACAAUGCCACUUUCUGUCUGGUUCCUCGUGGUCGCAGGCUUGGGUCCUUCAGGUUCCUGGAGGCUCUGCAGGCUGCCUGUGUCCCUGUGAUGCUCAGCAAUGGAUGGGAGUUGCCAUUCUCCGAAGUGAUUAAUUGGAACCAAGCUGCCGUCAUAGGCGAUGAGAGAUUGUUAUUACAGAUUCCUUCUACAAUCAGGUCUAUUCAUCAGGAUAAAAUCCUAGCACUUAGACAGCAGACACAAUUCUUGUGGGAGGCUUAUUUUUCUUCAGUUGAGAAGAUUGUAUUAACUACACUAGAGAUUAUUCAGGACAGAAUAUUCAAGCACAUAUCACGUAACAGUUUAAUAUGGAACAAACAUCCUGGAGGAUUGUUCGCACUACCACAGUAUUCAUCUUAUCUGGGAGAUUUUCCUUACUACUAUGCUAAUUUAGGUAAGCUAGGACCUGUCAUCUGCAUCGUGGUCUCUCUGCAAAAUCCGAACUCCUCCACAACAGAGAAUGUAUCUGGAUUACCUUUGUAUUCCUUUGAUAGGGAGGUGUCUGUGCACAGAUACCCUCCCUCCUGCCUGCUUUCUGCUCACUCCCAGGUUAUGAGCAGCCGGUUCCUGCCCUAUGACAACAUUGUCACGGAUGCAGUGCUCAGCCUUGACGAGGACACCGUGCUUUCAACCACAGAGGUGGAUUUUGCCUUCACAGUGUGGCAGAGCUUCCCCGAGAGGAUUGUGGGGUACCCUGCACGCAGCCAUUUCUGGGAUAACUCUAAGGAGCGGUGGGGGUACACAUCCAAGUGGACGAACGACUACUCCAUGGUGUUAACAGGAGCUGCUAUUUACCACAAAUAUUAUCACUACCUGUACACCCAUUAUCUGCCAGCCAGCCUGAAGAGCAUGGUGGACCAACUGGCCAACUGUGAGGACAUUCUCAUGAAUUUCCUGGUGUCUGCUGUAACGAAAUUGCCUCCAAUCAAAGUCACCCAGAAGAAGCAGUAUAAGGAGACAAUGAUGGGACAGACCUCCCGGGCUUCCCGCUGGGCUGACCCCGACCACUUUGCCCAGCGCCAGAGCUGCAUGAAUACGUUUGCCAGCUGGUUUGGCUACAUGCCGCUGAUCCACUCUCAGAUGAGGCUCGACCCUGUCCUCUUUAAAGACCAGGUCUCUAUUCUGAGGAAGAAAUACCGAGACAUUGAACGACUUUGAGGAAUCUGGCCGAGUGGGGGAGGGGAAGCGAGAAGGGACGGGGUCAAGCUGCUCUGUGUUCCCAGUGCAGAUCCGCUCAGCAGCAGAGCCAGAUGGUGCCAAGUGUCCAAAUAACUCAGAUGAACAGAAUGAAUGACAAAAAAAAAAAAAAAAGGCGAAUGAAAACUCGACUCCUGGCUCGUGGGACUGCACAGGACUGCCUCAAACUCACCUCACUGGCUUCUAUGUCCCAAGACUAGGUUGUGUACAGUUUAAUUAUGGAACAUUAAAUAAUUAUUUUUGAAAUGAUUGCUAUGCAGGUUUAAACUUUUUUAAUGAUCAAAACUAUUAAAAACCAGAGUUCUUUCUUUAAUCAAAA